GCGGGCGGGGGUGUCGGGAGGUAGGGAGUCCCCAGGGAAAGAUGGCGGCCCGAUUUGUCAGAGCCCAGGACGGUGAGUGUCCCCAAGGGGAGCAAGGAGAAGGUCUUUGUGCUUGGUUCUCAGGACUGGGGCUUCUGGGUCUGAAGAGAGAGGGGGUCGGGGGUCUGGACGCUCGGACCUCAGGGUGGACCGAGCCGGGGACCCAGAGCACGAGAGAGGCGUGGCCGGCGUCAGGAAUCCCGAGCUGCUCCUGUUGCUAUUUCCGGAGGCCUGACUCACGGUCACGCCCCGCGCCAUCCCCGAAUGGCCCCUCGACUUUAUUUCCUUUCCUUCUCCCCCUUUUCCAGCCCAGACAGAUGGCGCCAGGCCAGGUGCCGCAUCAUGGCGCCCCCUGGGGGGACGCCCACCCCUUCUUCCUCCUGUCCCCGCUGAUGGGAUUCCUCAGCCGGGCGUGGAGCCGCCUGACAGGCCCAAGACCUCCGGAGCGCUGGCUGCUGGCGACGGUGACCAGGGAACAUGAGGUCGAGGCUGGCCUGGAGGUGGACGCCCGUGGAGCCCCCUGGGGGGCUGGAGGCAGCGGCAGCUCCCUGCCUGAGGCCCGGGGACUUGACGAUGACGAUGACGAAGAGGAGGAGGCAGCCAGUGUCCCGCGAGAACAGGGAGGGGAGCCUGCAGCCGGCCAGCCUGCUGCCCUGCGCCCCAGCCUGUGGGGGAGAAGCCUGCACGGGUCUGAUAAGAGCCCUGGGGCGUGGGAAGCGGAGAGAGGGGGCGUGGCCCCGGUCUCUUACCCCUCGUCAGGGUGGGAGCCCCGCACAGAGGAUGGAGACGCCGCCAGCGCCGCCAGUUCCCCGACUCCAGGACCCGAGCCCAGCAGCGGGGCGCGUUGCCCAGGGGUCGGCGGGGCCCGAGCCACGGAGGAAGAAGGAGCAGGAAGCCAGGAAGGCAGGAGGGCCUCCGAUCCGGCCUCGGAUUCCAGCGCCGAGCCCAGGCCCUGGGAGCCUUGUUCAGGAGAGGAGCGCAGGGAGACAGGGGAAGGGGUGCACGGAGCAGCCGGGAGAGGAGACGCCGGCCCCGGGCCACACUGCCCGGCGCCCCGUCAGAGGCCCCUGUUCAGUCAGUCCGGCAAGGACCCAGAGGAGGAAGACUGUGACGAGGAGGAAGGCCCUGCCGCCGGGGCAGCUGAGGAGGAGGGAGGAGCUGAGGCUUCCUCUCCCACCCGUACAAGUGCCUUGGUGAGGGCCUGGGUGUAUCGGCCAGGAGAGGACACGGAAGAUGACAGCGACGAGGGAGGAGCUGAUGAGUGGGGAGAAGCUGAGGCUUCCUCUCCCACCUGUACAACAAGUGCCUUGGUGAGGGCCUGGGUGUGUCGUCCAGGAGAGGACACGGAAGAUGACAGCGACGAGGGAGAAGCUGAGGAGGAUGGAGAAGCUGAGGCUUCCUCUCCCACCCGUACAAGUGCCUUGGUGAGGGCCUGGGUGUAUCGGCCAGGAGAGGACACAGACGAUGACAGCGACGAGGGAGAAGCUGAGGAGGAAGGAGAAGCUGAGGAGGAGGGAAGAGCUGAGGCUUCCUCUCCCACCCGUACAACAAGUGCCUUGGUGAGGGCCUGGGUGUAUCGGCCAGGAGAGGACACGGAAGAUGACAGCGACGAGGGAGAAGCUGAGGAGUGGGGAGAAGCUGAGCCCCCUGCCUUCCGAGUGGCCGUCUACCUACCUGGAGAGAAGCCACCCCCUCCGUGGGCUCCUCCUAAGCUGCCCGACCGCCUGCGAAGGCGGCUCAAGCUCUCAGAAGCCCUGGCCCGCAGUCCGGACCCUGAGACUCCCCUGGCCAGAAAGGUGCGCUUCUCUGACAAGGUCACCGUCCAUCUCCUGGCUGUCUGGGCAGGGCCGGCUCAGGCUGCCCGCAAAGGCCCUUGGGAGCAGUUCGCCAGGGAUCGAAGCCGCUUUGCCCGCCGCAUCGCCCGGGCCCAGGAGGAGCUGGGUCCCUGCCUCAGCCCUGCAGCCCGGGCCAGAGCCUGGGCGCGCCUCAGGAACCCGCCCUCUCCCCUGGGCCCCAUCCUUGCCCCCACCCACACCUUGCCUUCCUCCCCCGCCUCUCCCAAGUCCCCAGUCCAAGCCCUGGCCCUGAGCCAAGCCGUGGCCACACCCUCUCCCUCCCCGCCUACUGAAACCCCAUCUCCCUGCCUGGGCCUCAGUGGGAGGCGUGGCUAAGACCAAGUUUGUUUGUGUGUUAUUUAUUCAUCAUUUUCUUAAGUAUUUAUGUAAAAAUAAAGCCUUUUGAUUUGUAGCA